GAUCCGCGUUUUGUUCCAAUGAGCCCUGGUCGACGACAGUCGUCCGCAGCAGCAGCUCAGCUGCUCCUCUUGAAUGUGCAUACUACGGCUGGGAGUUCUGAACCUCCCGUCUUUACUCGUAUGGGCUUCCUCAGCUCGUUCUCGAGCCGGCUUAGAAGGCUAUGUUAUCACAAAGAAAUCAGUUGCAGACUAUCCAUGGCUUACUGCGCCUUCGUGCUAUCGAUGAAGUUUGGUAGCAUCUGGGAUGCCGAGCUCAAAGAAUCAGAGAGUGCUCGAUGCAGGGAAGGCAACAGGUGUGCAAGGAUUCGCCAGAACAAGAGCAUUCCUUGAUUGAUACUGAUUCCAGAAGAUCUGAAACGUAAUAGAAAAUAUGGGGGACAAUCGACAGACGACGGUGCUGAAGUGGUGAUGCUGGCCAAUGGACCACAUUCCAUCAAUUUGCACUACACUAGAGCGGGAACAUUGGGAACAUAGCUACUCGAGCGACGUCUAAUGCGGACACAUAAGGAUAUUUUGGUUCUCUCUGAAAUGUGGUGUUCUGAGCGGAACGUAGGAGCUGAUCAGAAAAAGAUGGCGGCUGUGUUGAGCAUCGGGUUACAUAUCGGCUUAUGUUUGGAAUUACACAGAGUUUGCUGCACUCAUUGAAGCCGGAAACAUUCCUUACCAAUGUAUACUUCUGAGAAAGCGAGGGAGCUCAGAGUUGUUGACUGUUGAUUGGUGACUCGUAUCCAAAAAAAACAGCGUGAGGUUGGGGGGCCUCGGUGUUCUGGCGGUGAUCGAUUUUACAGACCAAGUUUUGAGAUUGCAUAAUGGAUUCAUGAAAAAGAUCCUGAUUCAGGGACUAAAGCAUUACCGAUGGAAGAGAAGUCUCAGAUGUCUGAAAAUGGAACCCGGAUGGCAGUAUCAUCUCUUGCAGUCCUGGAAACGUCUUGUUCCAUAAGAAGGUCAUUGAAUGCCAGUGAUGAGAGUCCAUCUCGGCAGUACGGGAAGGUGAGCAUCUCACCUUCAUCAGCACUACUUCCUGAGAGAGCUCUCCAUCGAAGCAAAACUGGAACAGUUCACGACAGCGCGGUUCCUUGCAUCAAAUCCUCCGUAGGUUUAGUAUUCCUGAGUUUGGUCAGCUUGGUGGUUGUGUCCGUUCCGUUCCUUAAUGACAGGAGUGGCAUGUCCUUGAGUUGUCCCUUCGCGCCUCCGUCAGAAGGACGUGAUCGUGAAAGAGGAUCCUCAGCGCCUGCUGGAGAAUCGAAGAUCUCUAUCGAGGUGAAAACACCCAGCGAUGGAAGAAAACAGAGUGCCGAUUAUGAGGAACGGGAAGAAUUUGCGGAGGACAACUGCUGGAGCAGGUCAAGGCAUUUAUUGUACAGGCCCGACGAUCGCCGCCUACCUUCAUCUCCGGCUCUCGAAAGGUCGCUCCUGGAGUACGAAGCUCUGCAAGCUCGUUGCACAAGUGGGAAAACGUGGGAGAGCAUGGCGGAUCUGCAGCCGGAGAAUUCUCAGGACGAUUGCAAGUACGUCAUAUACAUGGAAGGCUGGGAAGGCCUGGGCAACCGUCUUCUGUCUCUGGUAUCGGCGUUCGCCUUCUCCUUGUCCACGGACCGCGUGCUGCUCAUCGACACUCGAGGACAUCUCGCGAGCCUGCUCUGUGAGCCUUUCGACUCAUCGUCCUGGAAGCUGCCCGGAUCCUUCCCAUACGCAGAAGCUCAAGCAUUCCACGCCCUCGGAGACGUAGAAAACUAUCAGAACGAAGUGGGCAUCAAUCUGAACCUCCGUCACCAGCAGUCACGACGAGAUCAAGCCUUCUUCUGCCCAGAAACCCAGGAACGUCUGAAGAAUGUCAAGUGGCUUGCAUGGAACAGCAAUCAGUAUUACGUGCCCCGGCUCUUGAUGGUUCCCGCAUUGUGGAUGAAGCUAAACCCACUCUUCACAAAUCCGUCUCAUCUGUUCUCGCAGCUCGUCCGAUUCUUGUGCCUCCCCGCAAACCCGAUCUGGGCCAAAACCGAGCGGACAUACCAGUCCUAUCUCUUGUCUUCGAGGAAGCUCGUCGGGUUGCAGGUGCGUGCGCAGUUGCAGCACGAUUUUUCUCCCGAGGUUUACGACAAGGUGAGGAGUUGCUUACUGGGCGGCGGGAUCGUGCCGAAUGUCAGCAGGCACAACUCUGCUCCGCGGCAUUUCUUCCUUCGGGGAAAGAAGAGCACGGGCUCAGAGCGAGGCACGUCCAUCUUCGUCGCCUCCCUACAACGAGAAUACUACGAGGCUCUGCGGGACUUGUACACGGAUCGGGGCACGGAGGAUGGUAGUCUUGUCAGCGUGCACAUGAUGGCGUACGAGGGCGCAGAGAGAUUCACCUACGACCAAGCUGUGAAAGCUUAUAUCGAUAUUUGGCUGCUCAGUUUCUCGGAUACUCUGGUCACCAGUGGGUGGUCCACUUUCGGGUACGUAGCACAAGGGCUGGCCGGAGUGCAACCUUACAUGAUGAAUCUGAGGGAGGAUGCAGCGCCGCCGUUUUGCUACUUCGGACACUCCAUCGAGCCAUGCAACCACUAUCCUUUUCUCUCCAAAUGUGGGACGACCAGAAAAUUGAGCAAGGAGCAUGAGAGCUGGGUCAACGCACACCUUCGCCCCUGUCAAGACGAAAGUCAAGGUCUGCAGAUAGUAUAGUGUGAACAAGGCCUGGUCUGCAGUCUCAAUCAGUAGCCCCGACACCCAUUCAUUACUCACUAGCUUUACUAGGUUUCUGGUGGAAUAGCAUAUGCUGAAGAAAAUUUGCACCAGCUUGUUGUAACUUUCCGCAAGGGAACCACUCAGAAUUGGAAGUUCAUAGAUGAUGAUGGUCUCAGGAGAUUAGGCUUGUACAAUAUUUGAUGAAAGGAUAGGUUAUAGAUAGUUAGAAGCUCGAAGCCUCAACGUAGAUUGUCUCCCUUUGAGAGAGACUCAUAGCCAUUCACCUGAAGGUAAGAUUUAUCAGCUCAACGAAGUUAGUGAAGCACAAAUUAGUUUCGCACGGGCAGAUGUGCCAAUUGAAGUGCUCCCAAUGAUCCCCAGUGCAAGAUAUCACCGUGUUAUGUGGAUAAAGAAGCUCGGCAGUAGUCUAUAUCAAAACUUCUUAAGAAGGAACGCGGAAUUGCACGAUU